GUAAAGCGUAGCUUCUCAAACUGUAAAGCUAAACGUACUAUAUUUGACAGAAACUGACCGCUGUCUGUUCAUAUCAUUCGGAUCCUUAAUGGAGAAGGAAAUAAAAAAGCUUUUUUAACAGUGGAACCAGUGUAAUUGUCCUCUCUGUUUGAGUAAAGAUUUAUUUUUUUUCUUUCUAUUUAGUCCCUUAACUUUACCCAAUUUUUAUCUCCAAGUAUUCGUCAAUCCAAACAUUUGAUUGUUAUUUAUAAAAAUAGAAUUCUAUAUCCAUAUUGAACCAUUCUGUAAAGUUUCACUUCUCAAUCAGCUCCGGUCUCACUUCACUGCCAUAGCCAAAGCUUGCAGAAAGGAUAUACUACUAUCAGUUAGCUUUGCUUGCCAUGGAAGAACAAUCAAAUGCCCAAAGCUCUGCUUCUCAACAAGAUGACUCAUUUGAAAUUGUUCAUCCAAAUAAAAAGCAAAAAAAAGAAGACAUAUUUGAAAUCCCUGAUGAAUUAUUGUGGUAUGUACAUCCUAGGUUUGCUGGUUUGCCAAGAUUUAGUCUUGAACCUGAAAGUAGGUCUGAUUGGACCGAUGAUCGGCUGCUGAAUUUGAAAGGAAUCGUUUUGAGAAGAUAUGAUAGUCCAACACAGUUAGCACCUAUUGUCAAAGAAGGUUUGGCCUCCUUGCAAGGAACAGUAACUCGUAGAACCAUCGGAGCUAUAAUGGUUUCUGCAUGGAAUCUGUAUUAUAUUCCCGAGGGGAAAUAUGUUUUCCCGGAAAUUCCCACAAACACAACCCCAGAUGAUGAAGAAUUCACUGCAUUUGACCAAAGUCCUAUUACAACCAAUCCUAAUAAUCCAGAUGGAGCAGCAGAGAUUCUAUGGCCUUUGGAUGAUUCUGCAACCUGUUGUGUUGGAGCUUAUGUUUGUGAUUGUUUGCUUCGGCUUGCUACCAAACCCCCCAGCAACUUUCUCAAAUCUUGGGGGAACAUCAAGAAUCGGUAUUGGGAUUUCAACAAACGUCGUUUUGUGAUUCGGGGACUGAACCCCGUUGAAGGAAAUCUUGAAGCUGUUCGAAUGGUAUUCUCCUACUGGUCCCCGUUUAAGGAGACAUUAUCGAGGUUUGUUUACCAUUUCAAUGAGUUGAGAGGAAAUGUGAAAGGGUUGGCUAGAUUUGCAUUCGAGCAACAUCUUUCACUCACUGGAUUGCAUGGUUACCAUCUGUUUAGAAGAGUUGCUGAUAAGCUUGAAGCAAACCAAGAUGAUCUUAUUGUAGCUUUGUAUUGUACAGACGAUCAUUAUGGGUUGGAGAUGAUAUACACAAUUUUCCAGAAUUUUGAAGGUUCAAAUGAUGAAAAGCAGAGAAGACAGACAUGGAGGUAUGCUCGUUUGUUCGAUCACCAAAUGUUUGCUCAUCUUCAGACUAAAAAGUGCAGGGUCCUGACUUCCAUUUUAGCUAUGAUUCUGAAGGAGAUAGGUGACGACCAAGGUGGUGAUGGUGAUGUGUCUCAAAUAGAACAGAUUCGAGGUACGCUGGAAUAUAACCAAGAUCGUUUUCAAAAGAUUGCUUCGGAGGUAAUCCAGAAAUUUGCUAAGAGAACUGGCUAAGAAGGGUGAUUGCGUUUGAGGGAAGAAGAAAGCUAUUUCUGAAUCUUAAUUAAUGUUUGUGUAUAUAAGUUUAUGAUGGCUUUGUUGCUUAUUGUCUUUGCAUACACAUGCCUAUCAUUGAGAGCCUGUGUGGUAUUAGGUGUUCUUAUAUGCUAGCAGUGUUAUUAUUUUAAUACCUCUGUGGAGUAAUAAGAGAGUCGUCGUCUUAGUGCUUUUAUGUUUUAAAUUUUUACAUGUCUUAUAUUAAGUUAUUCCAUGGCCUUUCAGGCCCAUGAUUUACCAGAAAAUUUUUCCGAGAAUGAGCCAUUUUAUGAUUUCAAUUUA